AUGUUGCGAAAGAAAGAGAAAUUGAGCGAUUCGAGGACUUUACCAGCGUAUUGGAUACUUUUACAAUAUUUGACGUUUCCAAAGGCUACGACGCUGAACGAGAAGGAGGAGCAGGAAGAAAUACCGGUGGAGAUUGAACGAAUAGUGGGCGAAGUCUCGACGAAAGUUCGAGCAUGGGAUGAGUGGGUUGAGGAGGGAGAAUUAUGGUCGAUAUUGAAGGAAAAGCUGGAGAAUGGAGAGGAUUCUGGAGAAACGGUGAAGGAAGAUAAGCGAGGACGUGGGGUUAAGGUGACAGAUUUUGAACUCGAUGAAGACAAGAUAGUACGAAGGAAGAAGGGGCAACAGAAGGUGGUGCCAAAGGCAAUCAGGAGAAAAUUGUUCCAGGAAUUACAUAGUGGAGAAUUGGGAGGACAUUGGGGAAUAGGAAUGACGUCGAGGUGGCUGGCGGAAAGAGACAUCGUGGACGGAUGCGGGAGCAGAGAUUGUACGGGAACAGUCACCUGGAAUGGUCUCAAAGUGACCCCGCAAUCAAUGCUGGAGGCCGCAAGAGCAUUGGCAGCCAUCCGACACCUGCAGAAACCAUCAGAACUCUUGGUAGCAUCGUUAAUGCAGGAGGAAGAAUCCGACAGAUGGACCCAACGAAAGGAUUGGAGUACAGCGGUCACCAUGUUUGCAAGAUGUCCCCGUAUCAUCGCGGAGGUUUUAGCACCCCGUGCCAUGUUGCAGAGCCGUUACGCGACACAAUUAGCCGAAGUGAAGCUGGAUAUCCGCAAUGAGCUUCACCAGCUCGAAUCGCAAUCCCGAACAGUUAUCGUGCCGAAGGAGUUUGGAAGGAAUGGACCAAGGAAUUGGAGGACGUACCACAAUGGUCGGGAGUUGCAGGCUGAGGCAGCAAGGAGAGCCACGCUGACGAUUAUCAUCCUUCGUCUAGAUACAGAAUUGGUCGAAGCAGUCGAUAAAGUCGUCAACAACACCGCAGGAAAAUUGGUUCUCCUCCCAGCGGGAUUCCCGGAGCUCCAAAAGUUGAGCGAAGUACUCUCGAACAUGGAGGAGUGGAAAGACAGAUUUCAGAAGUGGACGCGGACGGGAGUAAUUACUCUUGGACCCAUGGACAAAACACCGUCCGCCAAUGAGUAUUUAGGCGAACAAAUUAAGCCAAGACUGGGAGCGGGUGGUGAGUAUACGACGGCAGAGAUCGAGGAGGUGGUUGCGACGUAUGUACAGAUGCAACCGGAAGUUGUAUCGCUGAGCAAGGACGUGCAGGAAGCAAUAGCUCGGAUGAAUGGAGGAGCACGACGCGGCGACGGGUCAGAAGCGAAGCGAUCGCGUUGGGCGUGA